CAGGAGGAGGAGGAGGAGGAGGCGGCGGCGAUGAAGCUGAGCCGUCAGUUCACGGUGUUCGGCAGCGCGGUGUUCUGCGUGGUCAUCUUCUCGCUGUACCUGAUGCUGGACAGGGGGCACUUCGACCACCCCAAGAGCCCGCGGCGGGAGGGCACCUUCCCCAAGGGUCAACUUUCAAUAUUGCAAGAAAAAAUAGAUCAUCUUGAGCGCCUGUUGGCAGAAAAUAAUGAGAUUAUUUCAAAUAUACGAGAUUCUGUGAUCAAUCUGAGUGAAUCAGUAAAGGAUGGUCAAAAAAAUCCAGAGGCUAUAAACUUCAGUCAAGGGUCUCUUUCUGAGCUCUUUCCUUCUGCUUCAGUUCCACUUGCCGUUGAUUCUGAGGAUUGUUUGUUUGCUUCAAAAAGUGGAAGUCGUGGUUCAGAUGUACAGAUGUUGGAUGUCUAUGACAUUCUUCCUUUCGAUAAUCCAGAUGGUGGUGUUUGGAAACAAGGAUUUGAUAUCACAUACAAUGAAAACGAAUGGGACAGCGAACCGCUUCAAGUUUUUGUUGUGCCUCACUCACAUAAUGACCCAGGUUGGCUGAAGACUUUUGAUGAUUACUUCAGAGAUCAGACACAACAUAUCCUAAAUAACAUGGUUAUAAAACUGCAAGAAGACAACCGAAGGAAAUUCAUAUGGUCUGAGAUUUCUUACUUUUCAAAGUGGUGGGAUGGAAUAGAUAGCCAGAAAAAGGAUGCCGUUAAAAGGUUAAUAAAAGAUGGACAAUUUGAAAUAGUAACAGGAGGAUGGGUCAUGCCUGAUGAAGCCUCUGCUCAUUACUUUGCUGUAAUUGACCAGCUGAUAGAAGGACAUCAAUGGCUAGAAAGGAACCUAGGAGUAAAACCAAAGUCUGGUUGGGCAGUUGAUCCUUUUGGGCAUUCACCAACAAUGGCCUACCUACUGAAACGCACAGGAUUUUCAAAUAUGCUUAUACAGAGAGUACAUUACUCAGUUAAAAAACAUUUUGCAACUCAAAAGACACUAGAAUUUUUUUGGAGACAGAACUGGGAUUUGGGGUCCAGUACAGAUAUCCUUUGUCAUAUGAUGCCUUUCUAUAGCUAUGAUGUUCCUCAUACUUGUGGUCCAGAUCCAAAAAUUUGCUGCCAGUUUGAUUUCAAACGUCUUCCUGGAGGAAGAGUAAGCUGUCCGUGGAGAGUUCCGCCAGAAGCCAUUCAUGCUGGAAACAUUCAACACAGGGCUUGGAUGAUUUUAGAUCAAUACAGAAAGAAGUCAAAGCUUUUCCGUACUAAAGUUCUGUUGGCUCCACUAGGGGAUGAUUUCCGCUAUGCUGAGAGCUCAGAAUGGGAUCAGCAGUACCAGAAUUAUCAGAAGCUGUUUGAUUAUAUGAAUGCUCAUCCUGAAUUGCAUGUUAAGGCCCAGUUUGGAACUUUAUCAGAUUACUUUGAAGCUCUGCGCAAAGAAAGCAAUUUGGGUGAAAAGAGCAGCAGUUCAUUUUUCCCUGUUUUAAGUGGAGACUUCUUCACCUAUGCAGACAGAGAUCAUCAUUACUGGAGUGGAUACUUUACAUCACGACCCUUCUAUAAACGACUGGAUAGAGUCCUAGAAUCCUAUUUACGGACAGCUGAGAUCCUAUACUACUUGGCUUUGGUGCAGUCCAGUAAAUCCGAGAAGAUGAGUGUAUUUCCUUCAGUGGAUAACUAUAAAUUGCUGACAGAAGCUAGAAGGAACCUUGGACUCUUUCAGCAUCAUGAUGCUAUUACAGGAACAGCAAAAGAUUGGGUAGUUGUGGAUUAUGGCACUAGGCUUUUCCAUUCACUAAUGAACUUGAAAAAAGUGAUAACUGACUCUGCUCAUAUUCUUAUCCUGAAGGAUAAAGGUGCCUAUAAUUAUGAUACAUCAACUCCAUUCCUUAAGAUGGAUGAUAUUCAAUCUUCCCAAGAUUCUUUGCCACACAAGACAGUUAUAAAGCUGACAUUGCAACCGAGGUACCUUUUGAUAUAUAAUCCUACAGAACAGGAACGAUUUUCAGUGGUUUCAGUCAAUGUGAAUUCACCGAGGGUUAAAUUAUUAUCUCCUUUUGGAAAACCUGUUACUGUCCAGAUUAGUGCUGUUUGGGAUGGAGCAACUACAGUAUCACAUGAAGCAUAUCAGAUCUCUUUCUUGGCUCAUCUACCACCUUUGGGCCUUGGAGUUUACCAGCUUUUGGAAGUUCCGAGUUCAGAAACAUCUUUAGCAGACUAUGAUAUAUACAUGAGUGGAAGGAACAGUGUGCAGGAGAAGCCAGACAGAAUUUUCAAGAUAAAAGAGAUGCCGAAUUCUGUGGAUAAUAUAGUCUUAGAAAAUUCUUAUAUGAAAUUGUGGUUUUCUGGAAUGUCUGGAUUACUGGAGAAAAUAAAUACAAAAGAAGAUGGUAAAAAUCAUCAAAUGAAGGUGGAGUUUGCUUGGUACGGAACUACCAGUAACCGGGAUAAGAGUGGAGCUUACCUGUUCUUGCCAGAUGGAGAUGCCAAGCCUUAUAUUUUCACAGAUCCACCUACUGUAAGAGUUGCUCAUGGAAAGAUUUUCUCAGAAGUUGUGUGUUUUUUCCACCAUGUGACGCAUACCAUGCGACUCUACAACGUCCAAGGUUUGGAAGGCCAGUCUUUUGAAGUUUCCAAUAUUGUGGAUAUUAGAGGAGAAUAUAAUCGUGAGCUUGCAAUGAGAAUUUCAUCUGACAUAAACAGUCAAAAUAGAUUCUAUACUGAUCUUAAUGGAUAUCAGAUCCAGCCCAGACUGACGAUGAGCAAAUUGCCUCUUCAAGCAAAUGUCUAUCCUAUGACUACAAUGGCUUAUAUCCAAGAUGUUGGUGUUCGUUUGACACUUCAUUCAGCUCAGUCUCUAGGUGUUGCAAGCUUGAAAAAUGGUCAGUUGGAAGUUAUCAUGGAUCGUCGACUUAUGCAGGAUGACAACCGUGGCCUUGGACAAGGUGUCCAAGAUAACAAGAUUACAGCUAAUAUCUUCCGACUUCUGCUGGAAAGAAGACGUGGAACAGAUGGGAAUGAAGAGAAGGCAUCAGUCAGUUUUCCCUCGCUUCUUAGCCAUAUGACUUCUUCUUUCUUAAAUCAUCCUGUAAUUGCAAUGACAACAUAUGCAGAUUCAGGUGUCCCAGAGAUGCUGAAUACUUUUUCUCCACUCAUGUCAUCUAUGCCUUGUGACAUUCAUAUAGUUAAUCUGAGGACAAUCCAAUCAAAGGUAGAUGCUGAGCCAUCAGAUGAAGCUGCUUUGAUUCUUCACAGAAAAGGAUUUGAUUGUAGAUUCUCAAACAGAGACAUGGGUCUACUCUGUUCCACUACUCAGGGAAAGGUAAAGGUGCAUAAACUCUUUAACAAAUUCAAUGUGGAAAGUCUUACACCUGCAUCUUUAUCUUUGAUGCAUUCACCUCCAGAUGCCAGAAAUAUAAGUGAAAUAAAUAUGAGUUCUAUGGAGAUAAAUACAUUCCGGAUUCGACUAAGAUGAAAUCUGGUUUUAAUACUCAGAUAGAGAAGAGGAAUCUGCAAGUAUGUCUCCUCAGAGUUUCACGUGCAAUAAGAAGCACAUUAUUGUUAUUCCAGCUUCUGGAUACUGUGAGAAAAACAUGCAUUCUCUUAAUUUUUUUGAUAAACACAGUGAAAAGCCAUGUUGCAAGCAACCUUUUUUUUUU